AUGGCCGAGUCCUUGGCUCAUGUCACCGAGCCCAACAUCGACCUUGUCGAGACCCAUCCGAGCCCGAAGGGUGCGGAAACCAGCCAGGUUUGUACACAUGCAAGCCAAGGGAAUACACCAAGGAUUGCAUCCGAUGUUCGAGUCGACAAGACUCUAGCUAGUGCCGCGAACCUCAUGAAGCUCUUGCCUACUGGAACCGUGCUCACUUUCCAAGCCCUGUCGCCAUCUUUCACCAAUCGUGGCAUGUGUUAUCCUGCGAACAAGUACUUAACCGGUGCUCUGGUGGUUCUCUCCUCGCUGUCAUGUUUCCUGUUCUCCUUCACCGAUAGUUUUAAGGGACGAGACGGUAAGGUCUACUAUGGCAUCGCAACGUUUAAGGGCAUGGCCUUGUUCAAUGACAACGAGAGGGAUCAAGGGAGAGUGAUCGAGAGGCUAUCGGUCUACAGGUUGCGACGGAUCGAUGUGGUUCAUGCAUGUUUGUCAGUGAUCGUGUUCUUGACACUGUCUCUUGGUGACUCUAACGUGCAACACUGCUUCUUCCCCGAUGCUGGGUCUAACAGCCGGGCUCUGAUUGUGAACCUACCAUUAGGUGCUGGGAUUGUGUCAAGUGUUGUGUUCCACCUCUUCCCGACCUCGCGCCGAGGGAUCGGAUACACUGACCCCUCCGCCUAGCUUCGACCUCCCUCGUAUGGUUUCUUGGCCUUGGGGUAGUUUGACAUCCAUGCUUCAUGUUUGUUGGAUGGUAAGAU